AUGGGGUUUGGGUUGAAGAUUAGAUCUAGAUUCCGAUUAGCCAACAUAUUCGUGUGUUGCCUUUUCAUCGCAUCAACCUACAUUCCAUCCGCGACAUUAGCAGCGCGAUUUGAGAUUAGAAACGAGAUCUCUAGAUACCCGGGACGAGAUCGGCACCUCUCGGUUAAAUGUUGGUCAGCUAAUAACAAAUUAGGUAUGCAUGAUCUCAAACCAGGCCAAUCCAAAAGCUGGUCGUUCACGCCAGUAUUUAUCAAGAUACCAUUCAUCUACACAUACUUUGAGUGCAUUUUCUUCACCGCUUUUGGCUCGCCUUAUGGCCAAACCCUAACAGUUUUUGCCGGGGAGAGAAAGUUCAGGUGGCAAUGUGAUAAUCCGGAAGAGGAAGAAUGCAUUUGGGUGGUGAAGAGAGAAGGGUUAUAUCUAAGAAAGAUCACAAGAGACAUUAAAGGCCAAAGGCUCUAUGAAGACGAUUUCAGAAUGCCUUGGAUCGGUGGUACUAACUACCAUCCCGUUAAAGAGAAUACAUAG